AUGAUGAAGAGUCUGCGCGAGCACCUGCUGGUCCCCAUCGACGACCUGGCAGGUCAGCGCGCGCAGUUGGUGUACGCGCCCAAUGAGCAUCUUCGGAUGAUGCCCUUUGUGUACUCCCGCACACGCUUGAUACUCUACUGCGCGCUCGCAGUGGCGUCUUGGGGCGUAUUGAUCAUUAUCUCUGUCUGGUACCCUCAAAUUUUCACGCGCUUGGCUCGAGUUGCGCUGCCGCAGUCGGCUGUAAGUGAGGCGGACUACAUGCUGGUUCAUAUCGACGGAGACGGACUGCAGGCUCGAUGGGUCGAGUGCACCGUACACCACCCAGCUCCUAGUGACGACGACUAUCGGACCAAGGUGCCGUGGGUCUGGUUCGAGUUCAAGAAGCAGCGGUACGUGUUCGACUACGAGCGGGGCGCGUUCCGCCGAUACCUGGCCACGAUUCGAGAGGAUCUGGGCAAGUUGCAGCGUCGGGUCGAUACUGGACUGGACGAACACGUUGUAAGGACCAGAAGCGAACUGUUUGGGCCGAACCGCAUCGCCAUCGACAAGCCCAGAGUCAGCGAGUUACUCUUCGUGAAGCUGGUGCAUCCGUUCUACAUUUUCCAGAUAUUCAGCAUCGUGGUUUGGCUGCUCAAGGACUACACCAAGUAUGCUAUUGUGAUAUUGUCCAUGUCUGCAGUCUCGCUGGCCUACGAGAUCUACUCGGAGGUGUCCAACAGUAUUCGACUGCGCAGUCUCGUGCAUAGCGAUAGACACUUUCAAGUUCUGCGAGGAUCGAUAAUCUUUAGCGUCUACGAGAGUGAAUUAGUUCCGGGCGACGUUGUCCUCGUGAGUGAAGGCCCAGUGUGCGCGGAUACUUUACUGCUAUCUGGCGGCUGUACUGCGGACGAGGCGGCUUUGACGGGGGAAGCGGUGCCUGUCAACAAGGAAGCGGCGACUGGAGCGGGGCAAAUUACUGAAAAUUCGGCUCGAGACAAGCACAAAGCGUCAGUUUUGCAUGCCGGGUCUACUAUCAUCCGAGUUUUCGAGAGCGAUGUAGAAUGCAAGGGUGUGGUUAUCAGUACGGGCUUCUCCACGGGCAAAGGGGAACUAUUCCGCAGCAUUUUGUUCCCCAAGCAGAUCACUUUCGAGUUCGAGCGGGAUAGUUAUCGGUACUUGGCAAUGCUUUGGGUUGUGGCUAUCGUGGCGUUUGUCAAGCGGCUUGUGGAUGGAUUUCACGUCGGGAACUCGUUCAGCGAGACGUUCGUUGAUUCCCUGGAUCUCAUAACCGUGGCUGUUCCCCCCGCGUUGCCCCUCGUUCUCACCUCUGGAAUCGGGUUUUCGAUGCACCGACUGUACCGACGUGGUAUCUUCUGUAUUGACUCGCAGCGUGUGAACUCAUGCGGGCAACUCUCCUGUUUCUGCUUUGAUAAGACGGGAACGCUCACUAAGGAACAUCUGAGCUUUGCUGGGGUGGCUAUCAUGGAGGAAUUCUCAUCUAGCGCUUCAACUACUGGGGCGAAAUCCAGAUUCACUUUGGGGAUGGCGACGUGUCAUGGCUUGUCGGAGUAUGGGGGAGCGUUUCAAGGUUAUUCCCUUGAGCUGGCGAUGUUCAAGGCUUCCCACUACUCCAUGGAGUUUUUCCCCACUCCUCCCAAUGACAAGUACAUUGCGAUUGUGACAGCGCCGGAUGGCACCAACUACGGGAUCGUCAGUCGCUUUGCAUUCGAUGCCGCAUGCCAGCGAUCCAGCGCAGUCGUCGAAGAAAUCAGCACUGGCAAACGAUUCGUCGUUGUCAAGGGCUCCCCAGAGGCUGUGAGCGCCAUCUCCACCGCAACACCACCUGAUCUUAAAAUCAAAGCUCUUGUGUACUCAAUCGACGGCUUCUACUGCAUUGGCUUCGGCGUCAAGGAGCUCACACCCGGCGCUCUGAUCGAUGUGAACAACCGUGAUGAAGUAGAAAGCGCGGUAAAGUUCGAGGGUCUUGCCUUGUUCAAGAACGAGCUGAAGCCUGAAUCCAAGAGCAUGCUCAACGAGCUUUAUGCUGCAGAUAUUGACGUCCGCGUUAUCACUGGGGAUAACGCCCUCACUGCUGUCCACGUGUGUCGCGAGCUGGAGAUGAGGAUGAAGAGUAAAAUCGCUGUGGUAGACGUGGACGAGCAUACUGGAGAGACUGCGUUCGUGUCGGUGGACGAUGUGAAGAACUCGGACGUAGUGGAGUGGUCGGGCUUCAACAGCAGCAACAUGGUCGCGGUGCUGGCGGAGUUCGACUUGGCCAUCACUGGCGCUGCACUGGACAAGUUGCGCGACGACUACGGCGAUGAUACAGUGCGGCGCAUUAUUCAGCAGACGCCGGUGUUCGCGCGCGUGCGACCUCAGCAGAAGGCGUGGAUCGUGGAGCAGCUCAUCUCACUUGGCUUGGUCGUAGGAAUGUGCGGCGACGGCACGAAUGACUGCGGGGCGUUGAAGGCUGCGCAUGUGGGGUUGGCUCUAUCGAGCGCCGAGGCGUCGAUCGUGGCGCCGUUCACGAGCAAGACCAAGGCCAUCUCAGACGUGCCAGUGUUGAUGCGCGAGGGUCGGUGUGCGUUAGCAACUUCCUUCCUAGGCUUCAAGUACAUGGUGCUAUACCCGAUCAUCCAGUUGGGUAUGGCAAGUGUGCUGGCGCAGGUUGGCACUUGGGCUGGAGUCGACAUGCAGCUCACGGAUAUGCAGUACUUUUGGGACGAUCUGACCAUGGUGCUAGCUCUCGCAAUGUGCAUGCUGUACACGGGCCCUUCGAAGGUGUUAACUCGGGCGAGGCCGCCUUCAACACUGUUCUCGCUUGAGAUCGUCGCGUCUCUCUUGGGUCACAUCGUGAUUAAUGCAUUAUUAUUCGCGUUGGCAUUAGUGUUGAUGAGUCACGAGUCGAGCUGGUAUUGCUCCAUUGAGGACGCUUUGGAGUUUGUAAAGGGGGCGGGUGACAGAACGGCUUCGAACUGCGCGGUUUUCAGCAAUCUUGACCUCGUAAACGUCAGAUUCUCCUACGAAGGCACCGUCACGUGGUUGUUUGUGCAUCUGCAGUACGUGGUUGCAGCCGCUUCCCUGAACGUGAACGACCCGUUCCGACUGCCGUUCUACACAAACUAUCUGUUUGCAGUCCUGCUGGUUGAGGAGCUGGUGGUCAACUCGUGGUUUCUACUCGACAACUCCGACGCAGUCAACGAAACGUUUCAACUAAUGUCGACCCCUACAGCGUUCCGCUGGAAGUUGUUUGGCUUGUUCAUUGGAGAGUUUGUACUAAGUGUGUGUUGGGAGUUGGUGGCGACACGAGUGCUGCCAAAGUGGAGGCAGAGGGGAGCUGUUGUCCAGAAGGAUAACUAA